AACUUCUCAGUUGCAUUCUCUUUAGUUUCGGGUUUCGGUUUGGUGGCUUCAACGCUGCAUUUCUUUUUCGGUCUCAAAAAAAUUAAUUUGAAAUAAAAUUGGGGUUUCAACUAAAUUAUUGAAAAUUCCAACCGGAAAAAUGGCAAAAGGAGCAAAAAUCAAUGUAAAAGACAAAGUAGACGAUAAUGUUUGCGAUUUGAGCUUGUGCGAACUGAAGGAAGUUCCGGUCAAAGAAAUUGCAUCAUUUAAACGUGUAAAUGUCUUGGAUUUGUCGAGCAAUCUUUUAAUGUCUCUCGGGAAAAAUUUUAUCACCCUCACUCGAUUGGUUAAAUUGGACUUGAGUAAAAAUCAAAUAAAAUUUUUACCCGAUGAUUUUGGUCUGUUGCGGAAUUUACGCCACUUGGAUUUAUAUGACAAUCAACUGGAACACUUACCUCUGAGUUUUGGCGAUCUCACAAAUCUGCGUUAUUUAGAUUUGAAAGGAAAUCCAUUGACACCGGCGUUGGCUAAAAUUGUUGGUAUAAAUAUGACAAUGAAAGACUGUCAGGAUUCGGCAAAACGAACGGUAAAAUUUAUGUCGGAUAUGCAAAUUGAAGCUAUCAAGGCUAAGGAGCAAUAUCGGCUGGAAAUUUUGCAAAAGCAAAUGGCCAAUGGCAAGGAAAUGGAUGAAGACAACACAACGUCGUCCAACAACGGGGAGCAACAAUCAAAAACAAAAAAGAACAAAAAGACAAAAUCAAAAAAGAAAAAUGCUAAUGGCUCGGAAGUAUCAAAUAAAAGUGGAGCUGCUGCAACGUCUUUAAUGACAUCUAAUGACAAUAUUACCAUAGCAAAGACAAAUAAAUCGAAAAAGUCGGCAAAUGGAGUUAUAAAAGGUUCAUCAUCAAGCUCCUCAAGUACUGCUUUCACAUCGUUGAUGAUUUUCCUCCUGAUGGUUGCUUUCAAUGUUGUACUCAUCUACAUGAUUAUGUUUAAAAAUCCUGAAAUUGCCGAGAAACUGGUUGAAUCAAUACCGCAUCAAUAUCGUGAUUGGAUUUUAACAAAAACGGAAAUAUUUCGUCUGCGUGUUACCGAUUGGAUUACUCAAUUUCGUACACCACCUGAAGAACACUGACGGUUCAUCUAUUUGAAGCCAUAAGAGGUUUGGUUGGUUUGUUCUCUACACAAAUCUCUGGUAAUUUUUUAAUUGAUUAAAGUUUAUCUGUGAUAAACUAAUCGAUAAGAGAUGGCUUCAAAUAGAAUAUAAUAUAGAUCAUUUUUGGCUCUAAUAUUUUCGAACACCCCCUUUUGUAUAACAUAGUAGACUAACCAAAGAAAAUUUUGUAAACUUUCGCAAAGUAAAAGUAAUUUUUUUAUAUAGAAAUUUAUGAAAGAAAUCGUAUCAAAUUUUAGAAGAGACGUAAAGGAAAGUAAGAAAACUGACUGCCAUUAUUUGUAGCAAACAUUUUUUACUUUGUAACUAUAUCAUGUUUAUUUUUUUCUUUAUUUUGUUCUUUGCAUUGUACGUUAAACGUCCAUCCUUAACUGCUUUUAUUCCAAUAAUUAAACUAAUAACAUGAAUUAUCAACAAAAGUUAACAUCAAAGUUAUUUAACCUUACCAUAAGCGAAUGUAACAAAAGAAAACACCGAAGCUAUAAAAACAAUUAUUAUUAUUGAUUUUCUAUUUUCAUUCCACACCAGUCAAUCAGCAUUUUAAAGCACCAGUUUAUUGGAAUUUAUUUUUAGAAAUUAAAUAAAUCUGACGGCCAUUUGGAAAAUAUGAUUCUAUCCAUUUCACGGAAUUAGUGUCAUAUUUAACCUAAUAGGUUUGAUUACAAUCUCAAACUUGCUGGCCGCAUGAAUCCUUAGACAUAUAUGCGAGGCGUCGAGAGCGAAUCUUUUAAUUUUUUAAUUUAUAUUGUAUUUACUAGUGUUUUCAGAUGUUUCCUAUAACAAUACAUAUUACAUAUUUAUACAUGUUUUUAUACAGAAUCACCACAAGCAAUAACAAUAGUUCCAUACACCAUCACUACUGCAAAUCGUAAUCAAUCAGAAAACCACCAUUUUAUAAAUGUUUAAUAACUGCUUAAAUAUCUCAUAUACACCUUGUGCAUGUUAGCAAUUGAAACGGUUGUACUUUAAGCAUAACAGAAUUCCAGAGCGCUAACUUGCACACAACUAAUAACUACAUACACUUUUUUGAAGCUAUCUCAAGUACAAUAGUUUUUUAAAAAAAUAUACAAAAACAAAUAUAUAUGUAUAAAAUAAAAACCAAAAAGUCAAAGUUAAAAA